CCUUGCGUCUUCAAGCUUUAGGCGCGCGAGGGCUGUUCUACUGUCCUGGACCUAUCCCACGUUGGUUUGCUGCAACUUCCUUCGAUCAUGUUCCCGGCCAUCCCUUCUCCACGGACCCCAGGUCCCGGAUCCCGAAGGGUCCCUCUGGUCGGAAUUGGCCCAAAUUCAACGCCCCGAACGGGAAGCAGGAGGGGGCAAUCCUUGGGUUCUGCGGUCUUCUCCCCGGUGCUCUACUCCCCGGUAUCACGGCGCAGCUCUCUCAGUUCGCGAGGAACACCUACACGGAUAUUACCACAUCACUCCAUAACUGAGUCAGUGAACUAUGACGUGAAAACAUUUGGAUCAUCUCUUCCAGUUAAAGUCAUGGAAGCCCUGACAUUGGCAGAGGUUGAUGACCAGCUGUCUGUGCAUAUCGAUGAGGGCGGAUGGGCUUGCCUGGUCUGCAAGGAGAAGCUCCUUGUUUGGAAGAUCACGAUGUCUCCUGUCACCAAGCUGUCUAUUUGUAAAGAACUUCAGCUGCCACCUAGUGACUUCCACUGGAGUGCUGACCUGGUAGCUGUCUCUUACUCUGCUGCCUCGGGCGAAGCACAUUCUGUUCAGGCUGUUGCUGUCAUGGUUGCCACCAGAGAAGGGUCUGUCCGCUUCUGGCCAAGCCUAGCUGGGGAGGACACGUACACAGAGACAUUUGUGGACCUGGGAGGUGACAAGAUGUGCAGAUUCCUAACAGCAGUGGAGGGAGGGAGUUUUAUCUUGGCCUCUGCAGGAAGUCAACUAAUUCGGUUGAUACCUGAAAGCUCUGGAAAGAUUCAUCAGCAUGUCUUGCCACAGGGGCAAGGGAUGCUGUCAGGAAUUGGCCGCAGGGUUUCUUCCCUUUUUGGAAUUUUGUCUCCUAGUAGUGAUCUCAUGCUUGCAGGCGUUCUCUGGGACAGAAGAAGGUUGAGUGUCUAUAGCCUGACGAGCUCAAAUGUUAAUAAAUGGGAGUUGGACGAUUCCUCAGAAAAGCUAACAUACAGUUGGGAUUUACACAGAGUUCUGAAGGAAAAUAUCACCGAUGCUAUUUGGGGAUCUGAAAGUAACUAUGAAGUUAUUAAAGAAGGGGUCAACAUUCAGUAUUUGGACUUGAAGCAGAACUGUGAUGGGCUCCUGAUUUUGGCAGCAGCAUGGCAUCCAGCAGAUAGUCCUUGCCUCGUCUAUUACUCUCUGAUAACCAUAGAGGAUAAUGGCUGCCAGAUGUCAGAUGCAGUUACUGUGGAGGUCACUCAGUAUAACCCACCUUUUCAGUCUGAAGACCUAAUUAUGUGUCGGUUGAUGGUCCCUGACUUUUCAAACCAGACUGCCUAUCUGUACACUGAAAGUGCUGUCUAUGUAUGCUCCACAGGAACUGGGAAAUUUUCUCUUCCUCAGGAGAAAAUUGUCUUCAGUGCACAAGGAGAUGGCAUUUUAGGUGCUGGCUCCUGUGGCAGUGUUCCCAUCCUCUUCUCUAGAAACAGUGGCCUGGUGUCCAUCACGUCGAGGGAAAGUGUAUCCCUCUUAGCAGAAGACAUGGAGGAGUCCUUGGCCUCUUCAGUCACUGGACCAGGCAAUGAGAGUAUGGUGUUUGAGACCACAAGGAAUGAAACCAUAGCACAGGAAGAUAAAACAAAGCUGCUGAAAGCUGCCUUUCUACAGUACUGUAGGAAAGAUUUGGGCCAUGCUCAGAUGAUGGUGGAUGAGCUGUUUUCUCAUUCCGACCUGGACUGUGACGCAGAACUAGACAGGGUGGUCACCCAGAUCAGCGUUGACCUGAUAGAUGACUACCCAGCUUCUGACCCCCGGUGGGCUGAAUCUGUCCCCGAAGAGGCCCCUGGUCUCAGCAACACCUCACUGAUCAUCCUCCACCAGCUGGAAGACAAGAUGAAAGCCCACUGUCUCCUCAUGGACUUCCUUCACCAAGUUGGCUUAUUUGGGCGCCUGGACACUUCUCUAGUCCGAGGGACACCGAUGGCAACUCGGCUGCUGCUGUGUGAGCACGCAGAAAAGCUGUCGGCCACCAUCGCUCUCAAGAACCACCACUCACGGCUGCCAGACCUCGUGAACGCAGCCAUUCUGAUUGCUCUAAACAAGAGGGAGUGUGACAUCCCGGGGAGCCUGACUCCCGCAGACGUCUUCUUUCGCGAGGUGUCCCAGGUGGAUACCAUCUGUGAGUGUCUGCUGGAUCAUGAAGAGCAGGUUCUGAGGGAUGCGCCGCUGGACUCUGUGGAAUGGGCCGAGGUGGCAAUCAGCGUCAACACUAUUCUCAAGGAUAUACUGCAAGCUGCUAGUCACUAUCGCCAAAACAGAAGCUCCUUGUAUGGCAGAGAAGAGCCAUCAAGAAAAGAGCCUGAGUACAUUCCAUGGACAGCUACAAGCAGUCCUGCUGGCAUCCGAACAGCAAUCGUCCGUCAGCAUGGGGUCAUCCUGAAGACAGUUUACCCACAGGUAGACAGCCACCUCCGGAACACCUUGACAGAGCAGCUGGUCACGUUGAUUGACUGCUUCCUGGAUGGUUAUGUUUCACAGUUGAAGUCCCUAGACAAGUCCAGUGAUCAAGAAAGGUACAACAACCUAGAAAUGGAAUAUCUGCAGAAGAGAUCAGAGCUCUUGUCUGCUCUGCUCGCACUAGGCCAGUACCCUUGUGCUGCUUCUCUAGCAGAGAAGUACUGUGACUUUGACAUCUUGGUACAGAUGUGCGAGCAGAUGGACAACCAGACCAGGCUGCAGCGUUACAUGACCCAGUUUGCUGAUCAGAAUUUUUCAGACUUUCUCUUCCGUUGGUAUCUGGAAAAAGGAAAGCGGGGAAAAUUAUUAUCUCAGCCCUUGUCACAACAUGGACAGUUGGCAGAUUUUUUGCAAGCUCAUGAACACCUCAGCUGGUUACAUGAAAUUAGUAAUAAAGAAUUAGUAAAGGCUCAUACAACACUUCUGAAUUUGGCAAAUAUGGAAACUCGUUACUUUGCAAAGAAAAAAACCCUUCUUGGCCUGAGUAAAUUGGCUGCAUUAGCUUCAGAUCUUUCAGAGGAUGCACUGCAGGAAAAAAUUGAAGCCAUGGCUGAGCAGGAACGUUUCCUGCUGCACCAGGAGACGCUGCCCGAGCAGCUGCUGGCUGAGAGAGAGCUGAGCCUCAGUGCCAUGCCAGUACUGACCGCACCACAGCUCAUCAGCCUAUACAUCUGUGAUGAAAACAGAAGAGCUAAUGAAUAUGAUUUUAAGAAAGCUUUGGACUUGUUGGAAUAUAUUGACGAGGAAGAAGAUGUGAAUAUAAAUGACCUCAAACUGGAGAUCCUUUGCCGAGCUCUGCAGAGAGACAACUGGUCUAGCUCAGAUGGUAAAGGUGAUCCCAUUGAAGAGUCAAAAGGCAGUAUAUUUGUGAAAAUCUUACAGAAACUUUUAAAAGAUGGCAUUCAGCUCAGUGACUACUUGCCAGAAGUGAAUGACCUGCUACAAGCUGAUCAGCUGGGAAACCUCAAGUCCAACCCAUAUUUUGAGUUUGUUUUGAAAGCGAAUUAUGAGUAUUAUGUCCAGGGGCAAAUGUAAUUUUUUUGUAAAAAUAUAAUUUUUUCUAAAAGUUUUUAUGUGACUCUUUGUAAAAAUUUUAGGCCUUAAACAACUAGAAGCUUGAACCAUUUUAUGUUUAUAGGUAAAGUGUUUGUUUGUUUGUUUGCUUUUUGUUCUUUAUUUUGAAGCUAAUACUAGUUAUGUAACUAUAAUUUUGGUUUUGGGUUACAUGGAUUUUUUCCUCCUUUUUUGCAGCUGAAUUUUGUCAGCUGUUUGAUGCCCUUUCUAACUCACUUGGCCCAGUGAAUCUGGCUUCUUACCCUGGUUCUGGCUGUUGUGUGCACAAAUCACUUCUAGGUCUCAAAUGUUUGGUCAUUUUAAAAAAUUAUGAGAUUGCCCAAGAUUAUCUCUGAAGGUGCUGUGACAUGGUGUCGUAUGUUGACCUGGGGCACUUGGCAUCUGUUUAGCUUAGGGUCAGUGGGAAAUACCUGUCUACAAGAUAAAUGCCAGG